AUGUCCGCCGAGAGAGAGGCAGCCGAGGCGGCCCCGGUGACCGCGACGGCCGAGGCCGGAGCCGGGAAAGAUGCCCCUGCGCAGCCCCCGAAAGCCGAGGCAGCGAGUGAUCCCCAGCCGCCCGCGGCCUCUGAAGGGCCCGCCGCCUCCUCCGCGCCGCCGCUGCGCAGCCUGGUACUCACCAGCUUCGGCGGCUACGACAAGGUGAAGCUGCAGAGCCGGCCCGCCGCACCCCCGGCCCCGGGGCCCGGCCAGCUGACGCUGCGUGUGCGAGCCUGCGGACUCAAUUUCGCCGACCUCAUGGCCCGGCAAGGGCUGUACGACAGGCUGCCGCCGCUGCCCAUCACCCCGGGCAUGGAGGGCGCGGGCGUCGUGGUGGCCGUGGGCGAGGGAGUCAGCGACCGUAAGGCAGGGGACCGGGUGAUGGUAUUGACCCGGUCAGGCAUGUGGCAGGAGGAGGUAACUGUGCCAUCAGUCCAGACCUUCCUGAUGCCCGAAGCCAUGACCUUUGAGGAAGCUGCUGCCUUGCUGGUCAAUUACAUCACCGCCUACAUGGUUCUCUUUGACUUCGGCAACCUAAGGCCUGGCCACAGCGUCUUGGUACACAUGGCUGCAGGUGGUGUGGGUAUGGCAGCCGUGCAGCUGUGCCGCACUGUGGAGAAUGUGACAGUGUUUGGAACAGCCUCAGCCAGAAAGCAUGAGGUGCUGAAGGAGAAUGGGGUCACACACCCCAUCGACUACCACACAACGGACUAUGUAGAUGAGAUCAAAAAGAUCUCUCCCAAAGGAGUGGACAUCGUCAUGGACCCUCUGGGUGGGUCAGAUACUGCCAAGGGCUACAACCUCCUCAAACCCAUGGGCAAAGUUGUCACCUAUGGAGUGGCCAACAUGCUGACCGGUCCCAAGCGAAAUCUGAUGGCUCUGGCCCGCACAUGGUGGAAUCAGUUCAGUGUGACAGCUUUGCAGCUGCUGCAGGCCAACCGAGCUGUGUGUGGUUUCCACCUGGGCUACCUGGACGGCGAGGUAGAGCUGAUAAAUAGUGCGGUGACCCGCCUCCUGGCUCUGUACAAUCAGGGCCACAUCAAACCCCGCAUUGACUCAGUCUGGCCCUUCGAUAAGGUGGCUGAUGCCAUGAAGCAGAUGCAGGAGAAGAAGAAUGUGGGCAAAGUCCUCCUGGUUCCUGGACCCGAGAAGGAGAACUAGGGUCAGGGGCUGAGAGCUCUUGAGAGCCAGGAAGGAAGAAGAUGGGAAGAUGGGAAGCCUUGUUGUGUUCACCACCAGCCUCUCACAUUUCAUCCUCUGUCAUGAUGCUCUGCCCUCCCUGCCCCCAAAGUUCUCUGUGCUGAUGACCAUUUCCCUGCCCUGAGCUUUCUCCUGGCUCAAGACUGCCCUUCCCCCACUCCUGCCCUCAGAAGAGGUUGGGAAGUGACCACUUGGAUGUCUGGGCCCUGCCAAGGGGACAGGGUAGAUCAGAGGGAGACUUCCUGCCCCUCACCCUCUCCCUGGGCCUGCUAUGCUGCUUUUGUGCCAAGGCUAGCCAGUCCCUCCCUGUCCUGUUCUGUGUGCUUCAGUCUCUGCCUCACUUUCUCUCCUGCCCCUGCCCCACUACCUCCCCAAAGAAUGAAAGUGUCAGCUCAGCAUGUGGGGCUAAUUUGUCUGAGUCCAGCAUAUACCUGUAUCUCCCUAGUGUCCAUUCAACCCAGGCCAACCAGUGCCCACCUCUGGGCUUGCUCAGUCCCCAAUCUUGUCUUCUGUCCUCAACUUCUUAAGCACAAUUGGACUUCUUCCACCUCCAGCUUGCUGCCUUUCUUAACCAAGGCUGCCUCUCACAGCAAGGGCAGGAGUCAGACGGGCUCCCCUAGGUCACCACUCUGGGAGGGAUACCAAGCACCCCUACCCUUCACUGAGGCCUCUGGAUUUGUUCUCAGUGCCUUAGCAGAGGAAAACCUGUGCUUGUAUGUGUUUGUGUAUAUGUAGGGGUCCCUGUCUCCACCUCCUCUCUGCUCUGUCCUCCCCAGUGCCUUCCUUGUCCUGGUGGAGCUGGGGUUUUACUCCUCCCCAGUCCUAUAACACUGCCAAAAAUCUGUGUCUGUGUCAGUGGAUGGGGAGCCAUCCCCCAGCCUCUAGGGGUCAGUUGCCCUCACUGUGUUCUAUGCCCUGUCCUGUCUCAGGGUGGUGGAGGAGAAGAGGCAGGAAGCUUAACCAUCCAGAGCUCUGGAGACACUGCUAGGUUUUGUGGGACCAAAGUAAGAAUCUGAGCACAUUCCUUUUGCUGUCAAGAGAGGCUCAGGGCCUUCUCAGAGCCUAGAGGCAGAUUUGAGGAUCAGCCCCAGACUUUGUUUACAUGGGUGGGGAGGAGGAACUUGGGUGGGGGCAGGGGAAUUAAAGGGGGUGGUUAGGACCUGGGCUACUGGAGCCAAAAAUGGGGACUUUUAGGGCUAGGGGGUAACCCCUCUGUCUCUGAGCUGGGAUUAAGAAAGGCUAUCCAUUGCCAGUGGGAGGUGGGGGGAGGGUUUCAGCCUCUGUAGUCUAAAUGAGGCCUCCAUAUGGGAAGUGCGAUUUCUGCUUUUGUGUCCCCCACCCCAUUACCACAGCUGCCUUUGUGUUUGUGUCAAUAAAAAGCCAAGCCCUGG